ACCACACAUCACGAUGAGCAACUUUGGACAGAUCCUGAAGGAAAUUGGGGAAUUUGGUUUGUUUCAGAAGUGCUUACUUAUUGCAUUUUUUGCCAUCAACAUUUAUUCACCUUUUGAUGUAAUUAGUCAGGUAUUUGGUGGCCAGAGCUUCCCACAUCACUGCAACACUGACUGGAUCUUGGAGCGUGGACCCAACCUGACAGAGGAGAGACAAAAGAAUCUCACCAUCCCAGUGAACGAGGAUGGAAGCUUUGAAAGCUGUAAAAUGUUCACACCUGUGGAUUGGAAUUUGGAAGACAUCGAACAGUAUGGGAUUAACACCACAACAAAAUGCACAGAUGGAUGGGACUAUGAGGCUGGACCAGGUGUUUCCAACAUUGUGACAGAGUUUGAUGUGGUUUGUGACAAGAAUGCUUUGAUUGAGAUAUCACAGUCCAUCUAUAUGGCAGGUCUACUGACUGGAGCUUUGGUGUUUGGAGCUAUUUCUGACAGGUUUGGACGGCGAGUUGCCAUCCUCCUUGCAGUUUUCACCCUUUUGGUGUUUGGUGUGGCCACUGCUUUCUCACCAAACGUCUAUGUAUAUACAGCUUUUAAGUUUGUCUGUGGGACCUCAAGCGUCGUCGUCGUCAUGAUUACUUCGGUGUUGGCUGUGGAAUGGAGUGAUCCUUCAAAGUCUGCUCUUUGCACAAUUGUCAUGGUAACGUGGACAAGCGUUGGGCAAAUGUUGGUGUCUGGCAUUGCUUAUUUGUUGUGCAAUUGGAGAAUCCUGCAGCUGGUGCUCUUCUGUCCUCUUGUCAUUCUUCUUGCUGCCCUUUACUGGUUUCUCCCAGAAUCAGCUCGGUGGCUCUUGGCACAUGGCAGGAAGGAAGAAGCACGAAAGGAGCUCCAGCGAGCAGCCAGGAUCAAUGGGAGGAAACUACCAGAAGACCUGCUAGACCAGGUAAAUGUGGAGCGUAUAUCUGAAAGAAGAAACAUGUCUGACAUCUUCAAAAUACCGUAUCUGAGAAAAUAUACUCUAAUAAUGGGCUUCAUUUGGUUUGCAGCAAGUCUUCUGUUUUAUGGACUGAGUCUGAAUGUUGGCAGUUUUGGCUUGAAUAUCUACCUCACACAGUUCAUAUUUGCUUUUGUUGAAAUUCCUGCAAAUAUUGGCAGUUUGUUUCUAAUUCAACACUUUGGAAGGAGAAUAUGUGAAGCGUGUUUUCUGUGCUUUGGGGGUACUGCUUGCCUUGUGGUCCUUGCUGUCCCAAAAGAUCUUCCUGUGGUAGUAACAGUCAUCGCUGUGGUGGGAAAAUUUGCUGCCACUGCUUCUUUCAGCACAGCCUACGUUUAUGCAGCAGAAUUGUACCCGACUGUUUUAAGACAGAAUGGUGUAGGUCUGAACUCCAUGUGCGCUCGUGUUGCCGGCAUCCUUGCUCCACUGAUCAGGCUGCUGGAGGUUUAUCAUUACACCAUUCCCAUGCUGAUAUAUGGCAUCAUCCCCAUUGUUGCUGGUGGUUUCUGUUUGCUGCUGCCUGAAACACUCAAUGUUCAACUUCAGGACCACACUGAGUUCAAAAAACCAGUGGAUGGACCAAUGGAGGACAGAGAUCACGCUGAACAAGUCAUUGAAGAGCACAAACUAUAAUUUGCACUUAAAUCCUAAUCUGACAUUUGUCAUCUCUUUCUUUCUUUAUUGAUCAACAAACAUGAAAGUUUUAAACAAAAAUUAACUGUAGUAUAAACUUAGUGGAUGCUUAAUUCUGAAAGAUUUUAUUCUGUUUUACAGAUACUUUGCCAAAGAUGAGUUUUUAGUGCAUCUGAAAGCGUUAUUAACAUGCACCACCUAAAAACAGUCAUGACUGGUUACACCAAAUUUUACUCAUCCUCAGCUGAACCACUUGUCACAGUACAAAAGAUCCAAGAGGUCACGUCUGACUUCAGGUUUAUUGCUGACUUGUCUGUAUUCUGCUGAACAUGUGAUUUAUGUUUCUUUUUAUGUGUGUUCUUGUCGUUCAGCAUUAUGAUGUCGCUUUUGUAUGAAGCAUGCAGUUCUUUACAGAUAAGUGCUUAUAGAUAAGUUACCCAGUGUGACUGUCUGCUGCAGAUUAGCAGUGAUUGCUAUGGUCCUACACGAGAACGAAAGGUGAAAAUAAACCAUCUUUGUACACACUUGGAUUGUACUGGUUUAAAAAUUAAUUAGCAAGGUCAGAUAGAAGUAUAGCACUGAUGGUAGGGCACGCUGCCCUUUAAAUGAGGAAAUGCUGCAGAUUGAGCCAACUAUUAAUGUCACAAAUUAGACACUUAGGUUUUAUUUUGUUUAUUUCUUGCUCUUUCUAUACUAGUGAUCCUGAAUUUAUUUUUUGAUACACAAUCGAUGAAAUUAGAAAUCACAAUA